UAAUCCUUGUGUAGAAGCAUGCUUCUCACAACCAUCAAAACUUGAAAUUGAAGAUGAUGAUGAAAAUAAUACGAAAUCGGGUGAGAGCUCGGGGACUAAUAGCAUGGAAGAUCGAAGAGAGGAUGGGAAAACGGAUACAACUACUCGAGUUAGACAAUAUGUUAGAUCUAAGAUGCCUAGAUUGAGAUGGACUCCAGAACUUCAUCACGCGUUUGUUCGUGUUGUGAAACGACUCGGUGGUCAAGAAAGAGCAACCCCUUUGAAGGAGUUAGAUGAGAUGAACAAACGUUUGAAGGAGAUGGAGGAAGAAGUUGCCGCUCUUCGCGAGAUGCAAGCCAAAGUUGAGAAAGAAAUGGGUGUUCAAGAAUAUGAAAAGAGGAGAUUGCAGCAUAUUUUGGUGAAGUUUCAGUUUUAUUCUUAAAGUUUGUGGAGAUUGAACAACAUUUAUCCUAAGCGUUUCUUAAAUCAUCUUGGCAUUAGUGUGGAGAUUGAACAACAUUUAUCCUAAGCGUCAUGUUUCAACUGCAGUUUCAAGCUACCCAAGUCCAAUAUAAGUAUUCAGAUAUGUAAAAAAAGCAAUACCUUAAUAGCAUAAAUGGAACAGGAAAAAGGUUAGCAUAAAUGGAGCUCCUAGAUCCUCAGGAGUGAGAAGAUGAAUAUAGUGGUGACAUAAUCUAUUUUCUAUGCACUUUCUCUACAGAAGUUAAGAGACGGAGAGAUAUGUUGGUGGCUUGGAUGUUAGAAGUUCAUGAUUUUUCAAAUUGUGUUGAGCAACUAGAUUAGAUGUUGUUAUAAUAAGGAUGAUGCAUUCGUUGUAACCGACUUGAUAAUCUAUUUUUAAUUAAACC